GUCUAUGAUUACAGCGUUGUUCUUUUACUUAUUUGACGAGUCAAUCGCGCAUCCUAAGUCUUGUUGAAAGUAAUGAUUGUAAAAAUGGUGUGGGAAGAUUCAUUUCCGGAGAUGAUAUCGUUAUAAUUCAAUAUUCCAUUGUUUAACCUGUCAUCGUGCAAUAUAUAGUAAAUAAGGGUGAUUUGUAGCGGAAUGGAGCUGAUUUUCUUUCUCACUAAAGCUUUAUAUAUGCCUAUAAAUGACCAGUCCUUUAUCCAGGCCACUGUACCGGUAAAGAAGGGAAAUCCAAACUUCUUCAGCUUUUUCGGAUUCAACAGUUGCAACCUAAUGCACCACGUUGUGGCUACCUUUAAAAGGUAACCAAAUUGUUGACUUGCAAUUGGGAACCCUCGCUUUGUAAAGGUCAAGUAUUCACUUGCGUCUUUUUGUAAUUUGCUUUAUUAGUAAGCUCAUCCCGAUUAACUCGCACGAGGUUGCCGCGUAACUGGAUCUAGCCGGAUCACCAGACAGAGUGGGAGGAGAUUGUUUGCUUUGAUCUUGUAUUAGGUUGAACAUUGUUUGCUUUUGUUUAUAUCUCGCAUGCCAUGAGACAUCUUGCAUCACUGUAAUGCUGACUGCACCAUCGAAGUAUAACUGCUGAAGAUGGGUAACAUAGGAGAAGAAGGCAAGGACACCAAGCCUGACAAAAACGUCAAGAGGAAGAGUAAGCGUCGACCACCUCGAUUGACCGGUGUCAGCAAACAACGUAAAAUGGCAAAUGAGCGGGAAAGACGGAGAGUUCACGCUCUGAAUUCGCACAUUGAGAAUCUACGAGAUCAUAUUCCGCUCUCACCAUUUGAGAAGCGACCGACCAAGACCGAGGUAAUCUGGAUGGCAGCAACGUAUAUUAAAUUUCUCACAGACCUGCUGGAAAAGAGCGACAAAACCGCUGACAAUACACUGGAACUGGGUGCUGACGAUACUUCGCAGAGUUUGGAUCUAACUUUUAUAGAUAUAGCAGUGUCCGAUAUUUUUUGCCUUGACGAAUGUUCCGCAGUGGCCGAACUCGAUCUUGACGACAUUUUAUUUCUUACAGACUCUGAGGCACAGUUAAGCGAAAAUUGACUUCUCGGAGGUAUCUACUCCAAUUUGAUGUUUGAAGAGCCUUUUCAAGUAGCUGAUGAUUAUGUCACAAAGACGAUUUAAUCAUCACUUAGCUGGAUCGAGUACCAAGUUUUUGAAAAUACAGAACUUUGUGUAUAUACAACUGCAAAAAACCUAGAAUUAUUAUAAUAUUUUUGGUAAUUAUGUUAAAAACGCAAGUUACAUGACAUGAUGGCAGAAACGUCAAUAGCCCACGACCUCGGAUGACGUUGAAGCUCUCGAGUUUUGAGUAAGGUCUAUUUCGCGUUUGAGGAGUUUGUAAUUAUAGGCACUUUGUAAAAUAAAACCUUGAAUUAUA